CGCUCCCGGCGGCCCGAGGCGGCGCAGCGGCUCUGGCGCAGUCUCGCGACACUUCCCGCAGCGCUGAGCCGCGCCGCGCCGCUCGCCCCGGCAGCAGCAGCAGCAGCAGCAGCAGUCGCCCGCCGAGGGGGAGACUCAGCUGCUCCCCGCACCCUCGCCCCGACCGGCCGGCGGAGGGGGAAGACGCCCGCCCUCCGCGGCUCGGCAGCAGGCGCGCCUCCGGGCGCUCGGACUCGGCCCCGCGCUUUCUCCAGGGCUGCUCUGCCCGGCGGCAGCGGAGACCCAGGUGGCUGGUAGGGGCUGAAGGCUUGAGCCCCUUCUCUCGCCUGAUUUCUUCUUGUUUUUUUUUUAUUUUAUUUUUAUUUUUUUAAAUACAUACGACUACAUAUGCUGAGGGAAGGCGAGGUGCUGCCAGCAGGACGCGGAAUGCAGCCCGGCUGCAGCGGGUGCUGAGAGCGGCGGCCGCCGGAGGAGGGAGCGGCUCUGUCAGCAGCCUCUUCUCCUUCCCGUGGCGGCGGCUCGGGCUGUCUCUCGCCCCCUCUGCCGUGGCCAGCCGCCUCAAACUUUCAGCCUGUUUCCGCCGCCAGGCAAAGCCCAGCUCGACAUAAAUGGUGGAGGCGAUAGUGGAGUUUGACUACAAAGCUCAACAUGAUGAUGAGCUGACAAUCGCUGUAGGUGACAUAAUCACCAAUAUCAAGAAAGAUGAUGGAGGCUGGUGGGAAGGACAGCUCAAAGGCAGAAGAGGUUUGUUCCCUGACAACUUUGUAAGAGAAAUAAAGAAGGACAUGAAGAAAGAAAAUACUGCCAACAAACCACCAGAGAAGCCUAUAAAUGAAGUUUCCAAUGGAAGCCCUUUACUGUUGUCUGAGACAAUUAUUAGAACGAACAAAAAAGGAGAGAGAAACAGAAGAAGAAGAUGUCAGGUGGCUUUCAGUUAUAUGCCUCAAAAUGAAGAUGAACUGGAAUUAAAAGUUGGUGACAUCAUUGAAGUUGUGGGAGAGGUAGAAGAGGGCUGGUGGGAAGGUAUACUCAAUGGAAAGACUGGCAUGUUUCCUUCCAACUUCAUAAAAGAAUUGUCUGAUUCUGAUGAUGUUGGAAUAGCACAGGAAGAGCAAGUAAAGCCAAGAAAAUCUGCCUUUGAAGGGACAAUUCUGUACAGAGUGGCACCGGCAAAGAUUGACAGCUACAGACGCUAUAACAGCCUAAAAGAUGCUACAGGCUCUGAGAGUGAUGGUGGUGACUCUUGCAGCACAAAAUCGGAAGGAGCCAAUGGAGGCACGACAAUCCAACCCAAAAAGGUCAAGGGUGUAGGCUUUGGAGAUAUCUUCAAAGACAAACCUAUAAAGCUACGACCAAGGUCAAUAGAAGUUGAAAAUGACUUUCUCCCAGUAGAUAAGAGUGUUGGGAAGAAAUUACCUCCAGCCACAGCAACUCAGGAGCCAACAAAAAUAGAAGUGGACAGCAGAACAAAAACCAAGGAGUACUGCAAAGUGAUCUUCCCGUAUGAAGCACAGAAUGAUGAUGAACUCACAAUCCGAGAAGGUGAUGUCGUCACACUUAUCAGUAAGGAUUGCAUUGAUGUGGGUUGGUGGGAAGGAGAACUCAAUGGCAGACGAGGUGUGUUUCCUGAUAAUUUUGUCAAGCUUCUUCCUUCUGAUUUUGAAAAAGAGAGACCCAAGAAACCACCACCUCCAUCAGCUCCUGUCAUCAAACAAGGAUCAGGUACCACAGAUCGAAAGCUUGAAAUCAAAAAGGUGCCUCCUGAAAGGCCAGAAUGUCUUCCUAAUCGAACAGAAGAAAAAGAAAGAUCAGAGAGAGAGCAAAAACAGUUAGACUUGCAGAAGCCUUCAGUUCCUGCUAUACCUCCGAAGAAACCUCGGCCACCCAAAGCAAAUUCUGUGAAUAGACCUGGUACCUUGCCCCCGAGACGACCAGAAAGACCAGUUGUGCCUGUGACUCAUACAAGGAGUGAUAGUCCGAAAGUGGAAUUAGUGGGCAGUACAGUGUCCGGCACUCUAGAGAAAGACUCCUCUGAAAGAAGCAAUGACAUCGACUUGGAAGGUUUUGACUCUGUAAUACCAAUUGCUGAGAAGCUUAAUCAUCCAACUACAACCAGACCAAAAGCUACUGGCAGGCGACCACCCUCCCAGUCUCUCACGUCUUCGUCCCUUUCAAGCCCUGAUUUCUUUGACUCACCAAGUCCUGAAGAAGAGAAGGAAGAACAUGUUUCCAUUACCCACAAAACUAUUGACGUGUCAAGGAAAUCGAGAACUGUUACAAUAUCACAAGUGUCUGAUAAUAAAACUUCCUUGCCUCCAAAACCAGGAGGUUUGGCUAGUGGCAGCAAUGUACAACCAUCACUAUCCCCUUCACCAUCGCCUGGAUUUCACUCAAUUGCUAUGGGAACAACAGGCCACAGGUCAAAUUCCCCAUCCCUGUUUGGUACUGAAGGAAAGCCAAAGACUGAGCACUUGAGCCAAGGUCAGACUACCCUGGAAGAGCUGAGAACACAAAUUAAGGAGCUAAGAACCAUAAUUGAAACCAUGAAAGACCAGCAAAAAAAAGAGAUUAAACAGUUGCUGUCUGAGUUGGAUGAAGAAAAGAAGAUCCGUCUACGAUUGCAGAUGGAAGUUAAUGACAUAAAGAAGGCUCUUCAAUCAAAGUGAAUACUUGAUAGGUGGAAUGUCGCAUUAUUCUUCAUGACUGAGACUCAAAUUUAUGCCCCAGCCAAAACAACUUUGUGCCAAAUGAUUUAAGAAUUGCCUCAACAUCCCUUUAUUUGAAGGAUUAGCACAACAGUUUCUGAUAGCACAACAAAAAUACCAAUGAGGACAAAAUUUCCACCUGAAGCAGUGCUGUGCGGCACUAGUUGUGACUGAAAUUGAUCUUCUUGUGCUAAAGGCUCUCUACUUCAAGAUCCUAGGUGAAAUGAAAACUCAGGCAGUUUAGUCCAUAGUGGUACUAUUUUGAUGAUAUUUUUCCAUAAAUAAAGUGUAUUUCAGAUUAUCUGUUUACAAGCUUUAUGAUUUUGACUUUGGUUUUUAAUUGUCUUUUGUCACAGAUUUUAAAAUGUUUGUACUGCAUAUAGCCAGGAAUGAAUGUUAACGUUGGGGCUGGAGGGAUUAUUUUUGCUUCAAGAUAGAACAGCCUACUUUUUGUUAUGGUUUCAAGUUUUGUUAAAUAUGCAAUUUUACGUCCCCAAACCCCUUACAAUUUAAACUUACUUUGUGUACAGUAACAUAUUUACAAGAAGGAAACAAACCAACAGACAGAAAUCUGGUCCUUGCAAUGAUUUGUGCCUUUCUUUGCCACACACUGACUGGAGCCGGUUGCAAGCCAGGUCUCCCUAAUGUAGCUACCACGACGACUCCUGUCCCCGGUGUCCGGCGGACGUCACCUUCUCAGUGUCCAGCUGCUCAGUCAGUAGAGCCAGGUUUGUGCGAGGUGGCAGGACAAAAGGGCGCAGCUGAGAGCAGCUUUGUCUUGAGCAGCUGUGGCUUUUUAGCUUUCCUGGUUUUGAUAGGCCUCUCCCUCAACUUGAAUGUUCAUCUCCGCUUGAUUUUCAUUAGAUGAUUUAAACGCCCGCCUCUGUCCCCGAUUUUGCACAGAGUGAACAGAAUAUGCAUUAUUAAAGCAAAAAUAAAUAAAAGUAAUCUAUAAAACGUGAAUAAAAAGUUGUAUUAUUUCAUGCACAAGGUUUUCUAUCGUGUGACAUUGUUUCGUUUGCUGUUUCUGUGGUAUUGUUUGCUACAUUAUCUUGUAUGCUCAUAGACUGAUACACCUUAUAGUCCUGUUUUUGCAGCAGGACUUUCUUUUCAUAAUUUUAUUGAACUGAUGCUUACUUCAUUUCCUCUGGUUUCUCUGUUUACUUUCAUCCUUUCAAAAUAAGGUCUCUCGUUUUUCCGGUUGUAGUUUAGUGUGUUCUUUACUAGCCACAGAGUAUCUCAUACCUUGUCAGCAAUCUCUGUUAAAGCAUUUAAAUGAUGGAUAUUUGCACAGCGUGGAGUGAGUGGGUGCGUGAUAUUGGUGAUGCUUCAGAGUGUCAAAAAAAAACCCACACAAAGGAUCUAUUUGUCAUCUCAUCAAACGCUAGAGCUGGCUCCAGCCAGCAUAUCCUGUAUCACAGCUAACCACCCUGCCUGCCAGGAGCUGGAUGAGACGUAGCGUUCACUUGGCUUGUCACGUUCACACAUGGUUGGCAGAGUUCACAUAAUCUUUUUUGAUAUGCACAGAUAUAUAAAAUACACACUCCACCAUACCCGAGUCUUGCUUUAUGGGUCUCAACUGGCAAUACAGAACCUCACUGUUGGGAUGGUUUCCUCUACCAAAGCAUCUGCUUCUAUUGUAACAGCCGUGUCUGAGAUUGAAAGAUCGGAUAGUGAAACUUGAGAAUUUUUCUAAAAGUCCCGAUACACUGCUCAAUGUACUCAAACAGAAGCACUAAUAAAAUAUUUUAUCACUGAAAUGCUCUUAUUUAACAUUUCUAAGUAACUGCAUUGAAAUAUUUUUGUACAAAGAAUGAUAGUACCACCAUAGCUUGCCAGCAAUAAAGAUUUCUAGAUUACUUCCAUGUUUUUUGUGAAGUUAGUGGAAGAGUUAGGAGAACAGGAGGAAAUGAGGGAUAAGGAAUAAGAAUCUCUGUAGGUUUGUAGUCAUACCUUUGCAACAUGUAUCCAGAAAUGAACAGCUCUGUCCUCCCAAUUGCAUCCCUGGAAACAGAUUAACUAUUGUAUCUGUGGGAAAUAAAGUAUUGAUUCCCGAGUUGUACCUCAGAAAUAUGAGACAUCACAGAAAUGUUCCCAUUUUUUGGAAAUGAAAGUCUAAAUUUGGCAGAGUUUCCUUAUAUCAGAUUGCAUUCUUUUUUUUUCUCCUGUUGAGAUGAUAACUUGUCAUUUUAUAAAUCCAAGUUAGAAGUCCAACAUACCAUGCCUCGUAAAAGAAGGUUAAAGAAGGUUUUGUGAAAAAGCUUUGUUUCGAAAGUUGAUUAUUCUGGGAGAAGAGAGUUUGUAGAAAUAUAAGCUCUUCUUACUGCAUUUCAUUAUAAUAACAGAAAGUAUUUCACAUAACACAUGGAUUUUCCUCUUUUUAAAGAGGAUCAAUUAUGCAUUAAACCUGUGGAUAUAAACUGCUGCUUUUAAAAAUGUUUGGGUUUAUAUU